AUGGCCAUCCUUCUGCUAGCAUUCGUGCUCGUUCGCCAGCUGGCACCCGUAGCCGGGACUGAUGACUCAGCUUUCCUGCAACUGCUUACUAGCAGGAUGCCGGAACUGCAAGGGAGGCAGAGCCCGAGCUUUUCUGCAUAUCUUGACUUCACCCUGGCGGAUGCCGCGAGAGCUUGUGGUGCAGGGAUGUGGGGAGGUUCAAGCGGAAUAGACGAAAAGGCUUGGGACUGCAUCUUUCCAAAGCUUGACCUUGACGGCGAUGGUAGCAUAACUCCAAGCGAUGUCGCGAAAGCUUCAUGGCUGCAGGGCUCCGUGCUAGUGAAGCGUCUGAAUAUCUCAAAGCAAGACUGCAGGGAAGCUACGGCAUUGCUUGCUACAUGGUACCCCAAGCUGGCACCCUUUCUGGUUCGGCACGCGCAAGAAGUGCUUCUCAGUGCAUGGACUGGUGUCAAGCCAUUCGAAGCGUCAGAGCCGCGUGAGCAAGACCUUGCCUUGGCUGCGUAUAGCGCCGGGUCUCCUCAGCCACAAGAGCUCCUUGAGCUUUCUGACUGCCAAGAAGCACUGCUGGAGACAGUCCCGCCCGUCCUGAAUCUCGCGACAUCCGUCGUCGGGCUAAGCCUCCCGCAUUCUGCGGCCGAAGCGGUUCUGAAGCGAGUGAGCCUGGAUGCUUCCUUUCUGGCAAAGGUGCACAUAGUAGUCAGCGAACUCGGUGGACCCGACAAGAUCCUAAAGAACACGGAGGCAACGGCCAGCUUCGUCUUCCGGAUUGCCGCCGAGAUCUGGAACGACGGAGUCCUGGCUACUGCGAUGGACGAGAUAAGACUCUCUAUGAGUUGGUGGGAUUGGGUCUCCACCGCUGUUCCAAUGAUUGCGUCGCUGAGCAGUUUCUUUCUAACAGGCAGCACCCUCAAUUUGGUCAUUGCCUUGGGACUGGGCGGAGUAAACGUUGUGAACUUGGGCAAAGCCCUCACCUCCACGGCACAAGCCUGUGAACUCACAUGA